AAGGCGUUUACGCAUGCGUGAGCGAGAAAGUGCGUUUUCGGAUGAUUACUGGGGGCGAGCGAAAGAGAUUAUGUGGGCUGUACACAACUGUUGUUUUAAUCCGCAGAGCGAAGAGAUUUAGCAAAAAAAAAACACGGGUUUCUCCCCUCGCAGCCAUAUUGUAUGGACAUUUGGUGGAAAAAGCAGAAGGAAAAAAACACUUUCAAGAAGAACCUUGCCAAGACUUUGAGAUAGUUGAUUUUCAACUCACUGGCGGUGGGAUUCCGUUCAUUAGCCAGCAGUCCAGCUGGUUGACGAAUUUCACAGAUUGUGGAUCGUAUAUUUUUUUAAAAUUAGAGAAUACUAUAUUUACUUUUAGCUUGUUUUAUUAACAGUCGGCAAGAUGAAGGACCGAUUGGAACAACUCAAAGCUACAUGCGACAAUGACGAUGAGGAAGUGGAAAUUGCUAUUGACAAUGCAGCUUUUAUGGAUGAGUUCUUCUCUCAGAUCGAGGACAUCAGGAACAGUAUUGAUAAGAUUGAUGAGAAUGUCUCUGAAGUCAAGAAGCUCUACUCAGUCAUUCUGUCUGCCCCCACAUCAGACCAGAAAACGCAGGAUGACUUGGAGGCUGUCACCAACGACAUCAAGAAGAUGGCUAACAACGCCCGCAACAAACUCAAAACCAUCGAGAGGAAUCUGGAGUCUGAGGAAGAGGAGAGGAUUUCAGCCGACAUGCGGAUACGCAAAUCACAGCAUGCAGUGCUGUCCAGGAAGUUUGUAGACGUGAUGACCAAGUACAACGAGGCCCAGCUGGACUUCAGGGAGAGGAGUAAAGGACGCAUCCAGAGACAACUAGAGAUCACUGGCAAAGCUACGACAGACGAGGAGCUUGAAGAGAUGUUAGAGGGUGGAAACUCGGCCGUUUUCACUUCAGGGAUCAUGGACUCUGGGAUCUCGAAGCAGGCUCUCAGUGAGAUCGAGGCACGACACAAAGACAUUGUGCGUCUGGAGAGCAGCAUCAAAGAGCUACAUGACAUGUUCGUGGACAUCGCCAUGCUAGUGGAGAGUCAGGGUGACAUUGUAAACAAUAUAGAAGCUCAAGUGUGUAAAGCGCAGGACCACAUAGCAGUGGCUAAGACUGAGACCAAAAAAGCCAUCAGGUACCAGAGCAAAGCACGCAAGAAGACAAUCAUUAUAGCAGUGGUCUGCACUGUGCUCGCUGUCCUCAUCCUCGCCAUCAUCCUAUCACAGACAGUAGGGUAAUAGAGGGACCACGCCCCCUAACCUCACCCUCUUCAUUCAUCUUCAUCACUCAAUCUUGCCCUCCUCCAGCUGUGAAGCCAAAGAGGGGGAUGAAGACUUAACCUAUCCCUUCCCUUGCCCUUGGACACUCCCCCUCUCUUACUGUAACUAUAGAAAAAGGCCCAGCCAGUGGGACUUCCUAGUUGGAGCAGGCUGGUGUUCCCCUUGGGGUGGCUGAGAGGAUGAGCACCAGGUGGGAGAGAAACAUGGGGACCAAAGCUGAGACUGGUUAUUAGCCCCUGAUAAAGCUAAACAAAAAAAGGGAAUCUGAAGAAGUGGAAAUCUUCACCCUCACACACAACUAAAUGGACACCGUGCAACAUUUCAUUUAAAUUCUCUAAACUGCUUUCUAUUUUUCCAAUAAUGUUAAUUUGAUUGAUCUUGAUCCGCACUUAAGGGAACCUGACACUCCUUUCCCCAUUACAAAAACCUAAUGACCACCAACACCACCCUUGCCUUGUUGUCUUGCCAUUCUGAACCUCCAAGCUGAAAGUAGCUUCCUCCAGCCCACAGAGGAAUGGUGCAUUGUAUAACUCCCCUAUGAUUCUUGUAUUGAGGGACACGAGUGGAUUUCACUUCAGUCUAUGUGAAAGCAAUGACUCUGUGCAUGUUUGAUGCCACUUGAAUAGUUUAAAAAAAAUUCCUAAAGUACACCUUACCUCUGAGCGUUUGGGAGAGAUCUUCGUCGAACAUCUGAUUUGCUUCUUAUGCCUUCCUUUACAAUCUGUCCAAUCAAAUUCAUUUCAUGCAACCCACACCUCAGAUGCGGUAGCCAAUGACGAGGCUCUAAAUGGGACAUUGAGGGUCUGGAAAUUUCAAGCUGAACAUUUUAAAUGUAAUCUUCACUAUAGUAUUAUGAUGGAUUCCAGAGAUUUUAAUGAAGGAAUAAAAUAUUUUGUUUUUUAA